UUCAGCAAGUUGAGCUGCAAGCCCUUCCCAGGACUGCGACCAGAAACACAGAACGAUGGCUUCAUUCCAACAGAGGCUGCUGGGACCAAAAGCAGCAAGGGAAGACGCCACAGCAAACGGCUCUCGCUGGCCCCAGAGUGGAGCGGGUGGCAGCUGCACCGGGCAGGGCUGCUAUGGCCCCUGGGCAGCUCAACGCCUGGCUGGUCCUGUGUGUGUUUGCUGGAUCCCAGAGGCUGACAGAUGAACAUCCUCGCAGCUGGGAUGGUGCUGACGCCAACCCACCCCGUCGCAGCCCAGAGGACGCAGACGUCAUGUUAGAGAUGCUCUGGGGAGGGCUGGAUAUUCAGGCCAACAGGACAGUCCGGCUGCGGGAUGAAGAGCUGGCCUCCCUGCGCCCGGCACGGCAGUUCAUGUGGAUUUUAGAGAACGAAGUUCCCAAAACACAGACAGAGAUUGAGCAGCAUCUGAGAUAUUAUUCACUGACCGACACCCACUUGCCUGUAGCAGAGUUUGACCGUCUCCUUUUCACCAGUGUUUACUGUGCCUAUCAGGUUCGCUCUGCGCAGGGUCUGGAUAAAAAUCGCUGGAUUAGUUUUUUCUCUCAGCUGGUCGAUGAAAUCUUUCGUGAUUUGUGCAAGGGGCUUUGCCCUGCAAACACCACCCUCCUCCUGGCUUCCUGGCCCUGGAAGGAGAAACCUUCCCAUUUAGCAUCCCUGAAACAUUUCUAUCAUUCUAACCUAGCCAGGACCAAACGAGACAACAAGGGAAACUACCGUAGGAAAGGACACACCUGAUUCCAGGUGCAUCCUUGGUUAUUUUGAAAGCUUUCUACAUUUUUCAGGACUUUGUACAAAUAUGACACACCUUCUUGUCCUGCCUUUUGCACUGUGCUGGCAACCAUCUAGGGAUUUAUACAGAAGCUUUUAGUUUUGAA